UUAACGGCCCUGUAUUACUAUCUCACUCGCACGUUUAACUACUGGACAAAACGUGGCGUCAAGCAUGAUACACCAAUCCCGCUGUUUGGCACCAAUGCGAAGAACUUUCUAUUACGUGCUAACCCUGUCGAUAUGGCUAGAGAAGCAUAUAAGAAGUACCCAGAAGAACAGUUAAUAGGAUUCUUCCGAGGUUCUCGUCCAGAACUGAUAAUCAGAGAUCCGGAGCUCGCCAAACGAAUUUUGACUAGUGACUUCAACUCUUUCCACCGCCGGGGUAUCGUGGAUUCGUCUACAAUGGAGCCUUUACAGAAACAGCAAGUUGCUGCAGACGAUGAUCUGUGGCGUCAGCUGAGAUUCCGAAUGACACCUGCCUUCUCAAGUGGAAAACUGAAAGCGAUGUUCCCUUUGAUCGUGGAGCGAGCGGAGAUCUUACAAGCACGACUCAAGCAGAUAUCAGGCAGCAAACUACCUGCGGACGCUAGGGACCUCAUGGCACGCUUCACUAAUGAUAUAAUCGGUUCAGCUGGCUUCGGGGUCAUCUCCGAUUCCCUCAACAACAACGAAGAUGCCAUGCGGAAGCUCGGACUCAAAAUCUUCACCAUCAACUUUACGCGCGUCGUAAACCAAACAUUGAAGACCCUUAGCCCAACAUUGUUUGGACAUUUGAAGAUUCUUGGACACGUGGAGAAAGAUGUCGUCGACAUGGUCCGGACGGUCAUGCAGCAGCGGAAUUAUGAACCUAGCGGCAGACACGACUUUAUUGAUAUACUUUUGGAGUGUAAGAAGAAAGGAGCUAUGAUAGGAGACUCCAUAGUAGAGAUGAAUGCGGAUGGGACUCCUAAGAAAGUUUCAAUAGAGAUGGAUGAAACUAUAAUGGCGGCGCAGAGUUUCUUAUUCUUUGCGGCUGGAUUUGAAACCUCAUCUUCAGUUAGCAGCUACACUUUGCAUGAGCUGGCCUAUAAUACUCAAGUUCAAGAAAAGGUACAAGAAGAAAUCGAUAAAGUGUUAGCCAAAUACGAUAACAAGCUAUGUUAUGAUGCGAUCAGUGAAAUGACUUAUCUAAGAUGGUGUUUGAAUGAAGCAAUGAGGAUGUUUCCAUCAGUGGGUAUAUUGCGUCGUCAAAGUGUGCACGCUUAUACCUUCCCUGGGACAAAAGUGACCAUCGACGGUGGUGUGACAGUGAUUAUACCUUUAGAAGCUUAUCAGAAUGAUCCGAAGAUAUUCCCUGAGCCCCGAGAGUUUCGACCGGAGCGCUUUGAUCUAGAAGUAAUGACGCGUGAGCAAAAAUUGGCGUAUCUGCCGUUCGGGGGCGGACCUCGUGCUUGUAUUGGGGAGCGUCUAGGCGUGAUGCAAUCCAUGGCUGGACUGGCGGCAGUGUUGGCACAGUACUCAGUGCGGCCGGCGGGAGGGCCAAGACAUCCAACCUCGAGCCCUUUCUCAGGCGCUGUCAACUUUAUUAAGGGAGGAUUGCCACUUAUAUUUGAGAAGAGAAACUAAAUGUUUACAAAACAUCAAGAA